AUGUUUCGACAGGGAGGAGCUAAUGUCUCAGUCACAUCUUCUACUUUCGGAUCAUCUACUCCUCUUCCUGGCAUAUAUCCAUACCGAUUAAAUCUAUACAGGACACCUCCAUUCGCCGAACUGACAUUGAACGAAUUCGAGACAUUUGCUCUCGACAGACUACAUGUCCUCAAAGCUAUAGAAUCCUGUCUCUUACGAAGCAAAAAGGAGGACGACACUCAGGCAUACGUAGACCAGAUUGCCAAAAAAUACCUGCCAUUGGGAUCAAACAGCUCAGCAAAUGUCGCCACAUCAAAUGGAUCAUCUGGUAUAUUGAAAGUUUUAGAGGAUGAACGACGUAAAGACCACUUCUCCCACUUUAUACUUCGCUUGGCGUAUUGUCGAACUGAAGACUUGCGGAACUGGUAUCUAAAACACGAGACUAUGCUGUUUAGAAUGAGGCUCAAGAACGAGGAUAAAGAGACGAGAGAGGCAUGGCUCAAACGGGAAAAGUUCGAUGCGGCUUCAGAGAUUGUAGGGCCAGAAGAAAAGGCAAGGCUACUACGAGAUCUAGCUGCUGCUUCAAAUGCUACAGAGGCAGACAUUAGUGCAGAAGCCAUAUAUAAAGUACCCUUUGAAAUAGUACCAGAUCUAGUAGGUAGACGUCGUGUCUUGGUCCGCUGGGGUUUUGCAUACGUACCCGAACGGGAACAUACCGCCCUCAUUGUAAACCAAUUCCGUGACAUGCUCAAAGCAGAUCUAGAUGCCACUGCACGAGCACUCCCAACUCUAGAUGAAUCCGAUCGUCUCAUCCCAAUCCUCACGUCCAUCGGAAAUCAAUACUUGGGUCGCUCAGAAUGGAAUGAAGGAUCUGCUGUAGGUGUAAUCAAGGCCGAAGACGUAGAUGGGCUUGUAAACCACUUCCCAUUAUGUAUGAAGAAUCUCCAUACCCACUUGCGUGCCGACUCGCAUCUCAAACACGGUGGGCGUCUACAGUAUGGUCUCUUCUUGAAGGGUAUAGGUCUGCCACUCGAAGAAGCACUGGUCUUUUGGAGACGAGCAUUCGCUAAAAAGAUGGAUGAAGCCACAUUCAACAAAUCCCACCUUUACAAUAUCCGAUAUAAUUUUGGUAUGGAGGGUCAAAAAAAGGACUGGUCGCCAUUUGGAUGCAUGAAGAUCAUAACAUCAAACGCUCCUGGUCCAUCCGAUAAUCAUGGGUGUCCGUAUCGCCACUUUGCACCAGAUCUAUUAAAGACUCAAGUAUUGGCUGCAGGUGUACCAGAAGCUUCCGUCGAUGAGAUUCUCGCUCUCAGUAAAAACCAACAUUAUACUAUAGCUUGUACCCGUGUAUUUGAAUUGACUCGUAAAGCUGCUGCUGGUGGUGCCGGUAAAGCAGACGUGGCUGUGGAUCCAGGUGCUCCAAAGGAAGUCAUUGAAACAAUCACUCAUCCCAACAUGUACUUUAACAUGAGCUACAAGGGGAAUCCAGGCAGAUUCGGACGUAAAAUAGCUCCAGGUAGUAAUAAUAUGCAGUUCGAUGGUAAUGGUGGUAGUCAACCAGGAGAGACGGAACAACAAGGCACAGCACCACCACCAUUUGGUGGCAAUACUCAAGACGAUGACGCUAUGGCCGUCGAUAGAUAG